AUGGCAUCUGAGCAUCAACAUCCCCAUAAUGGGGAAGGGGAGAAUAGCUGGGAAGGGGAUUUCGAUCCUUUUGCUGAUCCCGAGGAGCGUAGAGUUUUGUUUGCCGCUUUUGACUCUUUCAGACAAUAUCGGCGGAAUGCUCACAUGAAUACCACUCAUCGUCGCCGACAAGCGUUCUACGCUCUGCCAUCAGCGCACUGGCAGAUGCUCUCAGAGCCCCCAUUUUCAAUUUUGGACAAUUUCAACAAAGUGGAUGAUGCCAUCGACACCAACGCUGAAAUGGCUGAUGCUAUUCUUGAAAUUGGUCUGCAAUCAUUCGGUCUUUCUAUAGCUCCUGACAAAAACGAUCCUACUCAAAAUUGGCAUGACACAGCCACGUCUUCAGAUGUCAACAAAGCUCACUCCACGAUACGUCAAUUUUAUCGGGAUUGGAGCCUCGAAGGGCAAGCUGAAAGAGAAGUCUGCUACGAUCCAGUCCUCCAGGAUCUCCAUCAUGAGUUCCAGACGCGGCGCGACAGUGGAGAAGACAUCCGCGUUUUGGUACCCGGCGCUGGCCUGGGCCGGCUAGUCUUCGAUAUCUGCAUGGCUGGAUACGAUGCUGAAGGAAAUGAAAUCUCUUACCACCAACUGAUGGCUAGUAACUGGGUUCUGAACCAUACCAAGGGGCCAUCAAAGCAUGCGCUCCAUCCAUUUGCACUGCAUUUCUCGAACCUCCAAUCCCGCACCCAGCAGCUACAGAAAGUCCAGAUCCCUGACGUCCAUCCCGGGGCUGCAAUGCAAGAGGCGAUUGGGUCUGGUCGGCGCUUGGGAACAAUGUCGAUGUCUGCCGCUGAUUUUACGGUAUUGUACGCUCAGCCGGAUAAUAAAGAAUCAUUUGACGCGGUGGCUACAGUGUUCUUCAUUGACACGGCUCCAAACCUUAUUCGCUACAUCGAGGCGAUCCGACACAGCCUCAAACCUAAUGGAAUCUGGAUCAAUGUUGGCCCCCUACUGUGGCAUUUUGAUGACGGUCAUUCCCGCAAAACAAACGAUGUCGGACACGAGUCAGGGAUUGGAGAGCCUGGGAAUGUGGAGUUGAGCGAAGAAGAAGUGCUGAGCCUUGUCGAGCGCAUGGGAUUCCGCAUUGAGAAAAAUGGCGAUCGGCGGGCUUGUGGCUAUAUUCAGGACCCUAACAGCAUGCUUCAGAAUCUUUACCAGCCAUCGCACUGGGUGGCGCGAAAAUUGCCUGUGGUGUGA